CAGACCUACAGAGUUAGAUCCAGUCUGCGUUUGUCGCUGUAUGUUCGCCUGUAACGAAAAUAUCAACGAGGAAACCAAAAAAAAAUCGACGCACAAUUCCCUCGGUCUAGUUUAGAAAGUUUGACGGGGUACUUCAAUCUGCAAACAAGAUGAUGCUCGUUGAUUUCUACUAUUAUAACCGAUGCAUUCACUUUUUUCAUGGACCUAAAUCUUAAUUUGAAUGUUUUAGUUCAUCUGCCCGCGAGCGACACAUUUUGUUUUUCCUUUUGCCUGAAGCGUUACUUUCACUUUCGGUGAAACGUCUUCGACUCACGUCGCCCAGAAACUCGAGAGAUUUUCAUACAACACGUAAUACUCAAAACACUUUAAAGUGCAUUAUGUGUGUUAACCUUUGCUCUCACAGAGUUUCCAGAUGGAGAAAGAGGGGAAGCACGACUGAGGUUUUGGGUUCGCCGCAUGUUUUACCAGCUGAUAGGUGAAGAGGAGGAGGAGGGGUGCUGAAGGUGCUGCACCCCUGUCAUCAGCCGGGACAGGCUUUCAUCUUGCUGUUCGAGUCAUGUGAAGGAGCUCUCAUGCUUCGGGUGAAUCAGCAGCGUCAUUUCAUAGUGAAAACAGCUGAAUGUCCUGAGAUGGAUUUUACAGUGGAGGCAACGAUUCAUUUGAAUCUUUUUCGAGAUGAGACAAAGGUGCGAGAAAUCCUCAGGUCACAGGACUUCGAGAUGAGAGAUCUGGGCAGAAAUCAGGUGCGUGUCAGGGGUUCGUUUUGGAAGCUCAAAUGUGUGAGGGUCAGCUUGGAGCAACUUCUUAACUCACAAACCCAGACCAAGACGACGCCAUUCUCAUCCUCACCAGUCCAAACUGUUUCCUCUAAAGCCAUUUCCACACUCUAUACCAACAACGGCUAUGUGUCACAUGGUAACAGAGGCAGGUUAGAAUCCAGAGACAAGGCUCUGCGUGGUUCUCCGUCCUCACCCAACAACUCUGCAUCUUGGGUGUCAAACGCUUCCCACAAUCCUCCAAGCUCUCCGGAGUACAGAGCUUCAUCUUCUCCAAGAGCAGACCAGCGUGCUUCAUUAAGGCACGGAAGCGAGUCCUUUGUUGUUGAUGCAGAUGUGUUUAAGUACGCAGAGCAACUCAGGACAAAAUACAUUCACAUCAUCCAGGAGAACCAUAACGUUGAAAUGGAAGUGCACGAAUCUGGUGAUAGCUCCAGCAUCACUUUACUGGGCAAGAGUGCGAGGGUAGCCGUCAGUAAACUACAGGACCUCCUGGAUGAUCUCAGCAAAUCACUACGCACACAGGACGUUCCUCGGACAGACAUAGAUCACAAAGGUGAAGCUCUUUUAGAGGCAAUUCGGGAAAACCGUGGCAUUUACAGUUCAGUGCUUGUGUGUGAGAUGAACGACAGGCUUCACCUCAUUGGACCGUCUGUCGAAAGCUACGAGUUAAAGCAGAAGCUGUUGGGGAGGCCGGUUGACCAGUCACAACAGCGUACAGGAAGGACAUUAAAGAAAAACCCCAGGGGGAGGAGUAGCUCCCUGCCACCGAUGAACCGAAAGAACACAGGAGACGGUGGAGCCAUCGCUAAUCGGUCUCCUGCAGGAGCUGCAGGUUACUCCCCAUCAAAGCCUGUUGCAGCUGCAGGUUACUCUCCAUCAAAGUACCAGGAUAAUGAACAGGAAGUUGCCAAACCCGAGCAGAGAACUGAAUCUCGUCUUGGUCAAAAUGGAGCUUUAGGGAGAAGAAGCCGCUCGGAGUCCCGCGGAAAAAAGCGUGAAGAAAGGCCUGAUGGCUUUGUGCAAGAGAAGGAAAACAAACAGAAGUCUCCUAAAUCACUGUUGCAGCCUUUACUAAGUGUUAAUACAAAUAUACGACAAAGGCUUAAAAAAUUGAGAAAAUGAAAAAUGAGCAGUGAAUCUUUGUUAAUGAAAGAAGACAGCACUGAGAUCCUGGUGUUAUCUUUCACCAUUUGAUGUGUUUAAAUACCUGCUAAUUUUUUAUUAAAUAAUAGAUUUGAAGAGGCAGUGACAUUGUGUUGUAAUAGUCUUACUGAUACUGGAUUUUUUAGAAACUGUUAUUUGAGCAUUAAAGGAAAUGUUUGACAUUUUGGCAAAUACACUUUAUUAACAUAAGUUCUGAUUUUACACAGGCUCAUGCUCUCAGAGCCAGACCAGCUGUUUCCUCGUGUUUCCAGUUCAGUGCUGAGCUAAUCCCAACCACCUGCAGGUUGAAGCUUCUUUUUUAUUGUACAAACACUGUUCACAUUUACCUUUCAGCAAGAAAGCAAAUAAUUGUAUUUUGCAAAAUGUCAAAUUAUUUCAUUAAAAAUAGGGCUAAAUUCGUCUUUAAAGCGGAUGAGAAAAUCAUUUUCUGAAUUUGUUUCUUUUCAAAAACCCAAAGAAAUUUAAUUUUAAAAUUAUGUUUGGACAAAGGAAAACAACAAAUCACAUUUAUGAAGCUUAAACAAGAGAAUAUUUGGAUGUUUUACU